UUCCUAUAUAUAGAUCGUUCUGAAAUUCAUUAAUUAGGGUCAAUAUAUCUUUUGCAACAUAUAUAUUUUUACCAAGAUGAUGAUGGUUACAAGAUCUCUUCAACUUUUUGUUUUACUUGUUUGCUCUUUGACCAUCGUCACAAUUGAAUGUGCAAAAAUAACCCAAAACCCAAAUAUAUAUAAUGUAACGAAAACAAUAGUUCAUAGUGCCGUGUCAAAAGGGGCAGUGUGCUUGGAUGGAUCACCUCCAGCAUACUAUUUUGUGCCGGGAUUUGGAGAAGGAGCUAAAAACUGGAUUAUACAACUUUCUGGAGGAGCAUGGUGCAAAAACGUCUCAGACUGCCAAGAUCGUUCCAGGGGCGCUAAUGGUUCAUCAAAAUAUAUGGGUCUACAAAAAUUUGAAGGAAUUCACAGCAAGAAUAAGACUGCAAAUCCAGAUUUUUACAAUUGGAACAAAGUCAUUAUUGCAUACUGUGAUGGUGGAUCGUUCACAGGAGAUGUUGAACACGUUGAUCCAGCUACCAAACUUCAUUUUAGAGGGGCAAGGAUUUUUACUGCGGUGAUGGAGGAGCUGCUAGCAAAAGGAUUAAAGAGUGCCAAAAAUGCUAUCCUAGCUGGUAGUUCUGCUGGAGGAUAUCCAGCAAUAUUAUAUUGUGAUCGCUUCAGCAGUUUAUUGCCAAAGACCUCUAGAGUAAAAUGUUUGGUUGAUUGUGGCUAUUUUGUUCAUUUCAAGAAUCCUGUGCUCGCAAAACCUUGGCAAUCCAUAUAUGGAGGAGUCGCCACUUUACAAGAAUCUGCCAAAACGCUGCCAAAAUCAUGCACUUCAAAAAUGAAACCAGAAUUGUGCCUCUAUGCAGAGAACAUCCAACAAUAUAUCAAGACACCGAUCUUUAUUUUCAUGUCAGCAUUUGAUAAUAUCGAGACACAAUAUACUUUAAAAGGAAAUAUAUAUGAUUGCAUUGACAAGGGGACAUGCACAACAAGUCAGAACAAUUACCUGAAAGAAAUGAGGUCCGAUUUCCUAAAUGCAUUACCCAAAGGAAAUAAUCCUAAACAUAGAGGAGUUUUCAUAGAUGUUGUCCAUCAUCAUACCUGCAUUAUAAAGAGGUGGACUCCUGAAAGUGGCAUCGUGGUUCAUAACGUGUCUGCCCCAAAGGCAUUUGCUGAUUGGUACUUUGAUCGGAAUUACACCUAUUUGAUAGAUGAACGUGACUUGCCGCUCCGAAAUAAACUCUAAAACGUAACUUAUCCAUCAUAGGCUGCCCGAUAAGAAGGAUAAUCUUUUAUAGACUUGGGUUUAUGUAUUCCAAGAAAAAAUUAUCAAAAUUCAUUUAUGUAAAACUUUCAUUCACCGCGAUGCUAGCACAUCAAUUUGACAACUUUCUGAUGUAUAUGUAACUAUUGCCAUAUAUACCAAAUCCGGUGACAAGGAGGUCCUUUUGACAAAAGUAAUAAAAACGUGUCAUUUUAUAA